AUGUAUCACUUCAGCAAAGGCCCAUCAUGUUUUGGAUGCCUAUCAGCUCUUCGAUACUGUCAAAGUGUCAGUCCGCAUUGCGGCAUGGACUGGCAUGUAUUCAUAAUGUUUAGCGAUCACGAUGAUACAGCAAACCGGUCUUGUUUUAUCUUACUCGCCGCUCAAGAGCUGUUACGAUUGCGCGUCAUCAGCCCAUUCGCGGGCACCUCAUCUUCCCUUAUCAACGUCUGUACGAAAAAGCACUUUACUGAUCAGAAUAUCCCGGUUCGGUCCGACACACAUCGAAACCACACCAAAAUUGUUGUUUUUGUCUUUUUUUUCUUUGUAGCAUUUACACACAAGAUACCCCUCCUGGCAAACCGUUUUCGCACGGUGGAUCCAGACGUCGAUUCCACGAACAUGCGUUCUGCAGUGGUUUGCAACAGGUUUAUUUACCAUGGAGGCCAGGGAAAAUGGAGGAAGGGGUCAUCUUUGUUGUUUGCUGGUCCGAGGGGAGGAAGCAUAAGAUGGGAGGAGAAACCUUUACUUGCGACGGACUGCGACUCACGACUUAAUUGUCAGAUGAGUUUUGUUCAAGUUCCUGCCAGGAUCAGAUGGAAGAAAUAUGGGAUGGGACAGAAGAAGAACGGCUUUAGAGAGCCCUGGGAUCUUGGUGAACAAGAUAUCCCUGUGGCAAAAAGUCAUCCUCGUCUGCUCCCCUUCCCUGGACAUCAUGGGAAACUCCUGUACUGCUUUUGUGUGGGUGAUUGCCAUCACUCCCCUCUGACAACAUACAGCAAUUAG